CCCCCUCGUCGCAGCAGUUCCAAGUGGCUAGCCUGCGAACCCCCCACGGCUUGAACCUGCGCGAAUGAGUCAUGGAAGCGCCGGAGGUGCUCCUGCUCCUCCUCGCCUGUCGCUGGGGUCUCCUGCGACUGAACUUCACCCGAGCAACUUUGUUGUUGUGAAAACCGUCAGCCGCAACUCGUACCACCACCCGACGAUCCAAGAAAACGACGAAAGGGUGCGCAGCGGCCUGAACAGCAACAUCAGUGCAUUCAACUUUUCUGCAGACUGUGCGGACACCAUCGAGCACUUGUCGCGCCACAACGAAGAGGACUUCGCGGCCGCUGUUCUCGCCAGUGGCGAUAAACUCGUGUAUGGGGACAUGAUUGAGCUGUACGGAACGGCCAAAGGUGCCACGUGGAACGACGUCCCGGUGGGUUUGCGUCCACUGGCGGACACUGGCUUUGUCAAUCCACCGUCCGAAGACCAAGUGGUGUCAUUGCUAGCUUCAACGUCCUCGGCACUGGUGCAUCCGGCGCGGUUUGUAGUCUUGCCGCCUCAUGGUGACCCAACCGUCGUGCUUGGUACGACGACCGUGCACCUCGGCAAACCUUUCGUUUUGGCUCCUGUUCUAUCCUCGACGAACGCACCGAGUCCGUCACGUCCAGUUGUCGCACUGAACAACAAACUACCUCAUGGCGUGAGCGACUUGAUCGGCGUCCGGCCAAGGACACAUUCUACAUCAAACGGCGGGACGACCAAGGGCGAGCUACAUCUUGCCUUCAUACGGAGCGAUCGCGCGGCGGCAUCGCUUGGGUCCACAUCACCCAGCAGUGUCAACGAGAAAGGACGGUUGUCGCCGAGGUUAACGACGGCCCCCCUCACGCUUCGUAUCCUGUCGGCAAAUCGAGUUCGGAAAACGUACGACGGACAAGACAUUGGGCACUGCCACGCCACGGGCGUCCUCGUUUGUGGCCACAAGAAGACCAUGUUUGGCUUCGCGCCCAAGCUCCACCAUGCCCCACUCACGUUUCGACUUGCUAAAGUCUCGACGGAGAGAUAGCCCCGAGGCGCUCCAUUCGUCCGAGAUAGCUAGCUUUGAGACAACUGGUUCUUCCUAGGCGAAGGCUGGGAUUGCCCAUGGCUGAAAUGACCCAACUCAUGUAGCGAUCUGUUCACCCCCGUCUGGACACGCAAUAUUCCAUCGACAUGUGCG